UUUAUACAGAAAAAAUAUUAGUUGCGCUGGGCUUUCGAAGCCGAACGGUUGUUGGCUCCCCCUUCCCAAAAAUAAAUAUAAAAUAAAACAAUAGUCGAUCGGAAAAUAUUAAGUUAAAAAAAUAACAAAGAGAUGACGUCAUUGAAACACCAUGUGUUUUGUUUAGUCAUUGCAAUUGCAUUUUUAACACUUUGGUUGCCCCAACCGGAAGCAGCAUCCAUUGUGGAGCAAUGCAUGCACGCGGAUAGCUGUGAGAGGUGCCUGGAGGCGCACUUGGACUGCGCCUGGUGCACUGAUAAGCUGUACGAGGUGGGGCGCUACCGAUGUCUGACUCGCUCUCAGUUGCUAAAUUACAACUGCAGCGAGUCGGAAAUAUAUGAGAAUCAGCCGGUAGUGGAUGUCCUGCAGGAUAAACCCCUUAAGGACUAUGAAGCCGGCGACGAUCAGGCGGUACAGGUGACACCUCAACGCGCUUACCUUAAGCUAGUCAAAGGAAACACGCAACGCAUCAAGCUGAGCUACCGACCGGCACGCAAUCAUCCACUCGAUUUGUACGUGUUGAUGGAUCUCACCUGGACGAUGCGGGACGACAAGGCUACCCUGGAACAGUUGGGAGCGGAGCUCACCAAGACCCUCAAGAACUUGACCGCCAACUACCGGCUGGGCUUUGGCUCGUUUGCCGAUAAGCCAACACUACCCAUGAUCCUGCCGCAGCACAAGGAGAAUCCCUGCAUCAGUGAGAGGGCCAACUGUGAACCCACCUACGGAUACCGCCACCAGAUAUCCCUCACCGAGGACAUUGAGGAAUUUACACUGGCGGUGGCCGAUAGCAAGAUCACGGGGAAUCUGGACAAUCUCGAAGGAGGACUGGAUGCCCUUAUGCAGGUGAUUGUCUGCCAGCAGGAGAUCGGCUGGAAGGAGCAGGCCAGAAAGGUGGUGAUCCUGGUGACAGAUGGCUUCAUGCACAUUGCCGGCGAUGGCCUCCUGGCGGGAAUAGUUCGGCGUAACGACAAGAAGUGCCAUCUGAAUAGUGCUGGGGAGUAUACAGGCUCCUUGGAGUACGACUAUCCUUCGCUGGAGGAGAUGUACAGGGAGCUACUCCGACGCAAGACCAACGUCAUAUUCGCCGUAACGCAGGAGGUGCUGAGUACUUACAGGGAACUGAGUGCCCUGAUGCAGGAGAUCAGUUACGUGGACACCCUGAGUGCUGAUUCCUCGAAUAUUUUGGAGCUACUCAAGAAGAGCUAUGAGAGCCUGAUUAAACGGACUCAGUUCUCCGACAAUAGUCCAGAGUUUAUAAACAUGGAGUACUACACGGACUGCGGUGGACAAUUCCCCAGCUUACGGAAAAGGAAUUAUUGCAACAAUGUCAGUUUAGGAAAGGAGAUAGACUUCUAUGUGGAUGUCACUCUCAAGGAGUAUCCAGCCUCCCAGGUCUAUACCCAUAAAAUCCGCAUUGGCGAGGCCUCACUUAGUGAGUCCAUGGAGUUGGAUGUGGAUCUUCAGCGGCCAUGUCCUUGCCGUGAAGAACCGGACCCACACAACGAGGAGGGACGAUUCCGAUGCCAGAAUCAGGGAUACCUCUACUGCGGAAUGUGCAACUGCGACGAGGGAUGGACGGGCACCUAUUGCACCUGCCCCAAGGAUGCCACGAACUCCACCACCAACGAAGGCCUCCUCAACCAGUGCCGGCAGCCCAGACUGGACAAAUCGCGAUCGCCUCUGGUCUGUUCGAAUCACGGAGACUGCGACUGUGGGAGCUGUUUGUGUGACGUGGGAUACACUGGUGACUACUGCCAGUGUCGGGAGUGCAUCGAUUGCGAUAUGGAGCGCGCCGACUGCUUCUGUGGCCAGUGCGUCUGCAAGUGGGGAUGGUCCGGCACCAGAUGCAAUUGCAAAGAAGACACCGACGCCUGUCUGGGGCCCACGGGGGAGGUGUGCUCCCAGCGAGGUACCUGCGACUGCGGGGAGUGUAUCUGUGAUGAUCCUUACCUGGGAAAAUUCUGCGAGAUCGAUCCCGAGAAGGACAACAAGCUGUGCCAGUUCUACGAGCCGUGUGUCACCUGUUUGAUUGAACAGAAGCAGGGCAUGGGUGCCUGUGAGAAUCUGAGCGAGCUCUGCACCAGUUUCGAUAGCCAGGAGCGCUUCACCUACUCCUUUGUCUCAGAAUUGGAUCCGGAGCACACCCAUUGCCUGGUCAGGCUGGUGAACAAGCAUGGAAUCCAGUGCGACAGCUUCUUCGAAUACCAGGUCAUCGACCAUGCCAACUUCCUGACCAUCCAGGCCGUGGAUUGCGAGCCCCUGGACUAUGUGGCCCUGUUUGGAUUCAUUUCGGGCUUCACCCUCUUGAUUGGGCUCCUUCUGAUCUUCCUGAUCUGGUGGUGUAUUCGGGCCAAGGAUGCCAGGGAGUAUGCUAGAUUCCUGGAAGAGCAGAAGACCGUUGUGCGGCAAGAGAAUCCCAUCUACAGAGAUCCAGUGGGAAGGUAUAAGGUGCCAAAGUCCCUCAGCAACAACUACGAAGAGAAUCCUUUUGCCAGUUGAUUAUAGAUUAUAGAUUUGUUCUUAAAAUCUGUACCAAAGAAAGGACUAAACCAAAAGGACUAAGUGACAAUAGAACAAAAUCUGAUAAACUGAUAAUAGCUCUUAGGUUUCAUUCAUUUUGUAUAAUAUAUUUGAACAUAAUUUUGAUUUUUUAUACAUAAAAUUGGAUGAAUCGUUCAUUAAUUAUUAUUUAUAGUCUAAUCUAAAUAACCUAAGAAUUUGUUUAUAUCUAAAGAAGAGUAGUUUUUCAUUUCAUAUUAAUUAUUUUUAAGUUUAACAAUUCCUUUGAGCAAAAAGUUAGUUUUGAUUUCAUUCGAAGAUUAGUUGAAAAUUUAAGAUUUAAGAGUUAAUCGAUGACUACUGGCGGAAAUGGAAAUGCAAAAUCGAUCUUAAAUUAGGGACAUACAUGUAUGGAGGCAUUACAAAAAUACAAUUCAAUUAAUUAAG